AUGCCAAAAUCCAAGUCACAAUCCACUGCCUCGAGGUCAUCGUCGUCGUCUCUUUCGGAACCCACCACCACCACCAGUAGCCACUCAUCAUCUACUACGACUUCAAAUGCUUCCGUAUCGAGCGAUGAAGAAUCACAACCACCACCACCACCAUCGACUACCAAACAACGAAUAGUAAAAACUCCAUAUACAAAGAGAGCUUGUGUCGGAUGUCAUAAAGCAAAGGUGAAAUGCUCACAUGAACGACCUUGCCAUCGAUGUACGGCGAAAGGAAUUGAAUGUGUGGAUUAUGUUCCUGUCCAGCAACAACAACAGCAGCAGCAACAACAACAACAAGCUACCCUACUCAAUAAUAAUCAUCACUCGACGUCGUCCUUGAAUUCUCUCAUCACACCUCAUAAUGUCAUUGCAAUUCCAACGACGGGAGCCAAUCCUUUUAUAUUUUCAACUCAUCCUUCGAAUGGAAUGGCAAUGCCAAUGGUUCCGGUGAUAUUCCCAAUGACAGCUAGUGGUUGUAAUAUGGGAGGUGGUACUAGUGAGGCCAACCAUAAUAGUAAUAAUAAUAAUAACAAUACUAAUAGUAAUCAUCAUCACCAUGCCAUGUUAUUUGACCCUUCAUCAUUAUUUACGAAUAUGAAUCCUAUGGAUCAUGCAAUAAAUUCCACCCUAUCACAACAUAUUCCUGCAUUGGAUUCUUCCUCAUCAAACGCUGCCGUCCAUCAUCAACCUCACUUUUUACAUCCACCAUUAACAACCUCAUCAUCAUCAACAACAACAACAACGUCAUCCACCACCGUCAUCUCCACUUCAUCUCAUGGUGGUAGCAAUCACAUCACUAAUACUCAUCAUCACCAAGAACAGUGUUGCUCCUCCGAAAACAAUCAUUUUAACGACUCACUUUCUCUUUCACCUUUUCUUUCUCCAUUCGGAAAAGGAAAACAACAUUUUGAACCUUUUCCAUCCUUUCACACGAUGAAUGAAUCAAACACAAGAAUUGAAGAACUUGAUUCGAGUAUGGGAUUCGAAGAGGAGGAUGCCGGUGUUGACGAAUCCAUCAUUGCUGCUCAUCAACCAGAAUUGGAUGACACUUCUUCCUCUCGACAACUUUUACCUUACAUACCCAAUAAUACACUUCCUCCAUCCUCCACAAAUUCAGCAAACAGCAACUCUGACAUUGCAAAUAUUGGUAAUUUAUUAUGUAUGGUUAUUAAGAAACAAGACAAGCAAUCAAGAGAAUUGAGAGAAUUGAAACAAGACAUUUUAGAGUUGAAAAAUUACAUUUUGGCAAACAGUAGAAAUUCGAGUUCGAGUAAGAAAAUAAUUAUUUCAUAA